CUGCUUCAACGCUCUAACGUGCUCCAAUGCAUAAUUGCGACAAACGUAUUGCAGCACGUUGGAGUAUGUUGGAGUAUGUUGGACCAUAUGACGCAAACAAACGAGAUGCUUUUUUAAAGUCAAACUGUUUCGAGUUCUCCGCACGACCACGACGUGACCCGUGCGAUUCACCACGAUAGCAAGUUGCCAACUUCACCCAACGAUCGACCGACAGGGAAUGGCAAUGGCAAUGGCAAUGAAAUAGUACUAGCCCGACAACUUCACGUUGUACGACUCGCACGACUGUCAACGGAGGUUUCGAAAAUGCGCUGGGAGACGCGCGCCGAUUUCAUCGUCCUGUGCGUGUGACUCGGACUCGGUCUGCGGAAGAGCCGCGGAAUCAUGUGGCCGAUGCGGCCGGAGAUGACUCGCGACGAGUGCAGGAAGUGCCUACGAUGCCUCGAGAACCAAUAACGCCUUCAGUAACAGCGGAUAUGGCCCAGCAUGGAAGUCGAGUUCUCGUCUUGCAUUCACUUGUUAGUCGCAGCGGUUAACGUUGGUCUUUGUGUCGGAUGGAUACGUGUUGGACGGAUGCAUUUAAUAUUAGACACGACGCUGGAAGAGUAUAAGCCAAAUUCCGCGGUUUUCUGGCGAUAUUUAGAAUCUAGACGCUGCGUCUAUUAUUUCAUGUUAAUAUUAGAAAACGACCUUUGUAUUAUGUAGAUAACGCAUGGAAUUAGACGGCGCGUUUAAUGAAUUAGAUGCUUAUGGAAGUAUGGUUUCUGUCCUACGAGCUCAAGGCCCUUUCACCAAUGAAAAACAGAAGUUAUUACAAGAACUUGCUAAAGUAUUACAUAUCUCCAAUGAAAGACAUCGUGCUGAAGUACGGAGAGCUGUAAAUGACGAGAAACUUACAACAAUUGCAGAACAACUUAAUGGCCCAAAUACUGGUAUAGAUUGGACUCUCGAAGGUCGUCGAACUAUUCCUCUUUUGCCAAGAUUGAAGGCACGAUCUGCAUUUACAACAUUAGCAAAUAGCCUGUCUCUUACAACUGCAAUUGCAAACGAGAAAAAACCUGAGAGACGUGAUACUAUUAGACAAUCUAGAAACUCAACAGCUGCUGAAACUGAAUCUCAUCCUAAUAUAAAAAUGGAAGAAAACUCGUCUAUUAAUACAAAAUUAAAUAAUUUUGAGAAUGAGCUGAAUAACAGUAAAACCUCACAAGAAAAUUCAAAUAUGAUCGAAGAUGAGAGGAAAGAUGAUAAAGAUGUGCUUAAUAAAGUUAAUGAAACUCCUAAAGAACUUUCUCGAAAGCGCAAAUCUCCUUCACCAUUGCCGAUGGCGCCACCGAAUAAAGUUCUAGUAGUAUCUGAUCUACUAAACCAUACUCCGCAGACUUUAGAAAAUAAACAAACACCUCAAGCAUUACAAGUAACCAAGUGUCAAAAUUAUGCAUUGAUUACAGUUACUGAUAAUGAAAUCUCAGAUUCUAAAGAGAGUACAACAGCGUUGGAACAUCCGAAUGAGUGUACCACAGUUCCAUUAAACAAACAUGUAGUUGCUGUAACGUCCAUGUGCACAAGCAACGCCAGCAAUCCUAAGACGGUAGUAAGCACUGACCAGAAUAAAAUUAGUACAAAAGUAGUACCGGCAAUAACGAGUUGUGUAUUGAGCAUAAACAAAGUGCAUUCAAACAAAGACACACAACCUCAAGAUAGCACAAAUGGUACACAGAAAACCCAGAUGUCUGACAAUACUAACUCGAAUCCGCCAUCUGUAAAGAGUUCUAUUAUGCCAAUUAUAGCUACUAGAGUCUCAAAUUCUCGGCUUACACAAUCAAUGCCUGUGUAUCCUGGAACUACGGUAUCAAGCGGUCCUGGGCCGCCUCAAGUUAAACAAGUUCCCAUAGCAUUAAUGUGUCAGAAACUGCCAUCCGAACAAAUUACAACCAUUGAUCAUCAAUCCACUGCCAAAACGAGUAUUUUUCCCCAAAAAAUUGUAAAUAUGCCUCAUUAUACUAAUACUAAAUUAAAUAAGGCUAACGUAAUCGUCAUCCAGAAGGCAAAAGCUGUAACACUAUCACAUGCAGGCAAGGAAGUAGUAGGGAAAGUAAUAAUGGGAGGAAAGAAUCUGUGCGUUACGAGCCAACAUAAUGCAAACUCAAUCAAUGUUCAACCCCAUCAUAUCUCUCUGAACAAUGGAGAUCAAACAAAGACUAUGCUGCCGAUUACAAACUCGUCACAAAAUGCAGAAUCUGUCAAAACGAAUAUAAAGCCUGGAAAAGCAGCGGUUGUACUCACGCGUUUACGACACGAUAUUCCAGAGAACAAGGUUCUUUCGCAGCUUUUUGAUUCGCCGGCCAUUCUUAAUGUUGAGUCCAAGACUGUGAUACAGGAUGUAAAUGCGCAUUUGCCAAAGGAAAAAUGCAACAGCGACAAAGAUACAAUCAAUCAGGAAUCAUCUUUAAGAACAGAUUCUAUUACAUCGGAAGAAAAACAGCACAGGAUAAACAACGAUGUUAACGCGAGCAUGAAUUCUCAGACCACAAACCUACUAGAUUCCUUAAAACCAUUAGGAAACAAGGAAAUACUCGUUAGGCUGAAGGAAGUAAACGAUGAUAAUAAAGACGAUAUUCGAAAAGAAAAAUCUAAUGAGAACAUGGAUGUAUUUGAUGUGACGCUAGAAUCGACAAAUAAGAAUUCACAGAGCUUCCAGUAUCCAGUGGACAACAAUAAGAAUUGCAAUUUAGAAAAGUCAUCAAGGUCGAUAAUGACUACAAACCAGAUGAAUGAGCAUGAUGACUCGUAACAACUAAAGAUCUCGCGUUACGCGUGUGUUAUAAUCAUUACACGAUGGCAAGGCUGAUACUUCCGUUUUAAAAACGUACUGAUAUAUUUAUCAUGUAUAAGUAUACAUGUAUAUAUACGCGUAUGUUUCUCUAUUUAUAUAUGUAUGUCUAUUUUAACGAAAUUUAUACAUAUGAUUACGUUCGCUCCUUGGAAGGGAUUUCGACGAUCUCGAAAGGAUUGAAAAUGACCGAUGCCAAUCUUUUCAUUAUUAGGUAUGCAGAAUGAAUAAGAUAAUUUGUAUUUAAUCAUUUGUAUAAAUAAGAUUCUAAGUAAUUCAAACAUUAAUUGAUAUCAAUAUUAAUUAAUAUUGAUAUUAAUUGAUAUUACUGUAUAUAAGUGCCAAAUUAUAUAAUCUGCCAUUAAUUUAUACUUUUGUAAAGAAACAACUCUGCGCGUUUAUCCAGUCACUUGAUUUUUUUGUAAUCCCAUAAAUUCCUUAAUUAGCUUUCAAUGCCACUAUUAUUGAGAAAAAAGUGAGCUGUGAAACUAUUUGCAUUUAUUUAAAAAUGCAACUAAUUAUUACUGAUUAUUAUUCUGAUUCUUAUACUUCGAAUGUAUUUGCUAUGAAGUAUACAGCAGUUAUAUUUAGUAUUAAAUGUAGCUGACGAAGAUUCGUAUUCCCACCGCAUAUUUAGUAAAUACGUUAUUCAAUUUUAAAAAUUAUCGAAAAAUGACAUCACAAUAUAAAAUUAUUAAAACAUUCAUAUGUAAUAUUAAAAUAUUUUAAUAUAUUUAAAUAUAUUUUAACAUUAAAAUGUAUUAAUAUAUUUUGAUGUUUCCAUAUAUAUUAAUAUAUUUUAGAUGUUGCAUGACAAAAGGAGACAUAACUGAACGUGUCAAACUGCAUGCGCAUUCGAAAAUCACUUCGUACUUCUGUUUGUAAAUAUGUAAGACUAAACAUUUUUGUAAAUGUGAUAUUAUGACGUUAAGUACUAGAAGUUUGGUUUUGUAUAAAUCUGUCACUUGCUCAUACUGUUGCAGCGGCGUUGUAAAUAUUUUGUAAAUGUAUCGACAUACUCAGACUACUCUGAGCAAAGACAUUGGGUGGCUAUACAUAUACUUUCUUCCGCCCUAUCGCCAUUAGUAAAGUACGAAUGUUAAUAGAAGUUCAGUAAUAGCAUUAAUUAUUAAUAGCGAAAGAGAUAAGUAUCAUUCUUUGCUAUUUUUUAAUAAAACUUGCUCAUGCAGAGCAAACGAUCUGUCUCAUCUAAGAGAGUGUAACAGAAAAAGGCUAUAUUUUUUGUAAGCAAAAUGACACUGCCCUUCAAAUUGCAAUAUCGUGUUAUUCUAUUCAGAUUUUACUGUAUUUUACACAGUAUUUCCGUGUAAGUUGCAGGACAUUUUCGCCUAAAUUUCUACUGUACAAAUUUAAAAGCAGCUAAUUUGCACGAUUACAUAAUCCUCAAUGUAUUAAGACAGUUGCGUUUUUUCUAUUGAAUAUAUAUUUGGCAUGUACUAAAGUGACUCAGAUUUCUCAUAUCAAGAGACGCGAUAGCGUUUCGCGCUAAAUAUGUACAUAGAAAUAUAAACAAUCGGAAAAGACGCUGCAGCGUAUUCUUAUUUAGAAUGAUGGGCUUCUUUCGAGCAUAAUUUGUUUAUUUUUGCAUAAGCGAUUUUAAAGAGAUGUUAAAGCGAAGACAGUUUAAUUAGUUUUUCAAAAUUAAUUUUUACAGCUAACUCAAAACGAGCCUUAUUUUAGUAAUCUCAAUAUAAGACUUUAUUGCCAAGAUAAUAUUGUAUAUUAAACAAUUUCGGAAAAAAGAAAAAAAUGUGCACGUACAGCAUCCACUCAAUGGCAAUACUCUCAUUUAGAAAUAAAAUUUAUAGAUGAAAACUGAUGCAAUAAAUCAGAGAUACUCUGUUCUGUAUAUAUGAUAAUACUAGUGCAAACUGUACAGAUAUGAACGAUAUUUAUAGCUAAUUGCAAAGAAAUAAAGAUAUUUAAAUGUGA